CUUCCUAAGAAAGAACCUUUGACUUAUCUGUCCUGUACAGUACAAACAAACACGUUCUUUAGUGUUUUACUCCAUCAGUCCGACUCCGUCCUACCGACCGGAGAGAGAAAGUGUCUUUAUGGAUUCAAUAACCCAACCAAUGCACUUCUAGUUCUAGGUACCACUACCAUUACACUGUCUUUCUCACCAUGGGAAAAAAGAAGAACAAAGAAAUGAUUAUCAUACUUGAUGUUGAAUCAGAAACUUCAGAUUGUUCCGAGGAGGUUCCAAAGACUAUAACCAGGCCUACGUCCCUGGGAUUAGUAGAGAAGUUCGAUAAAUCACCAUCCGGUCCACCCCUACGUAUAAACUGUACCAUACCUCAACGAAAGCAAUCAAAGAUGCGACGUGGGAAAAUUUAUUCAAGUAUCUCUACCCUAAGUAAGCCAUCAAAAAAGAUAAUGGAUAAGAAGGUUCCAAUCCGCAAGCAAGAUCAGAAUUCAAAAAACUUUCCUCGACGUGAGCCAUCAAAGAGGAUAAUUAACAGCAAGAUUCCAGUUCGCAAGGAAAAUCAGCUUGACACGAACAAGUUUCACUCCUACUUCGAGGAUAUUGUAUGGAGCUCCUUUUCGGCAGAAAGAAAGAACUCUUUCGCAUAUAUGGAUUGCAUUUGGUUUUCCUUGUACAGGAAAGCGUUGUCCAAGGAAAGGGUGUUGGCCUGGGUUAAGAGCAGACAUAUUUUUUCAAAAAAAUAUGUUUUUGUUCCCCUUGUAUGCUGGAGUCACUGGAGUCUGUUGAUCUUAUGUCACUUUGGAGAAAGUUUGGAGUCUACAACUACAAAACCAUGCAUGCUGCUACUGGAUUCCCUUGAAAUAGCAGAUCCAAGGCGGUUCGAACCUGAUAUAAGAAAGUUUAUAUUGGACAUUUAUAAAGUUGAAGGCAAACCGGAUCACAAAAAGACAAUUGGGAAAAUUCCUCUGUUGGUGCCAAAGGUGCCACAACAAAAGAAUAAAGAUGAUUGUGGAUUUUUUGUUCUCUACUUUAUGGAAAUGUUCAUGCGAUGUGCUCCAGACAAUUUUAGCAUUGACAAAGGCUAUCCUUACUUUAUGGAUGAAAAUUGGUUUAGUGCUGAAAGCGUGCAAACCUUCUGUGAGAAAGUCACUUUCUUUUGUAGGUGAAUCUACUCUCAUACACUACAGUGUGUUGUUUUUCAACUUACUCUAUGGAUCUGUUUUCAGAAAUCGGAUCAACUACUUAGAAUGGAUACAUGUUCAUUAGUCAUAUAGAAUGAAAUUAGGGAAUCUAUCAGUUGUAUAUUAUGACAUUAGAGGGAGGAAAGAAAUCUACACACUCUUUGGAUGAGUUUUUAACAUGUCUGAUUAUUUUUUAUCA